GAAAAACUCAAAAACAAUAUCAUGCCAAAGAAAAAUUCGAAAUAGUAUGAUAAAAAAUACUUUUAUUUUAAAUGUUUAUGUUGUUAUUACCGAUAGAUUUUAAAAAAGUAUAAUCAGUUCGGUUUGAAAAAUUAAGUUUGAUUUUAACUAAAUUACAAAUUGGAGGUCGAAUAUUCGAACAACAAAUUAAUUAAGAAUAAACUUAAAUAUUAUAAAAAUAUGGGGAAAGAAAAAAUCAAUAAUUUAUUAAUAGUUGGUUAUACUGGUAGUGGUAAAUCUACGUUGGCCAAUGUGUUAAGUGGUACUGAUGAUUUCGAGGAAUAUUCUAGUCAAAUUUUUAAGAAAAAGGAAUUUAUAUGGAAAGGAACUAAAUAUAAUGUGGUUGACACUAACGGAAUUGGAAAGGAAAUCACUUGUGAAAAAAUAGAGGAAAUAAUCCAUUUGAUACCGGAAGGGAUAAGCCAAAUUUUAUUCGUAAUUGAUGGGAAAUUCACAACAGAAGGAAUACUUGGAAAUUUCAUUUUAGAAAGUGAUAUUGCUGAUUAUAUCACUAUUGUGAGAACUAAAUUUAGUAAUUUUAAAAAUGAAAGUGCCUGUAAAAAAGAUAGAGAAGAUUUGUGUAAGAAGAGCGAAAAAAUUUGCAAAUUAUGUGAAAAUAUAGUUUAUGUAGAUAAUCCCCCGACAAAAAUUGCCGUUUAUGAUGAAGACGAUGAAGAAACAAUUGAAAUUAAUAAAAAAAGAAGAGAAAGGUCAAAAAAAAUAUUAUUAGAACGUUUAGAAAAAGUAUGUCAUAAAUUAAAAAUGUGGGAUAAUUUACGACCAGUUAUAUUACAAUUCUUGAAGACAACCAACUACAUCUAAUUUUGUAUUCUUGAUUUACGUACUUUAUCAAAAAAUGCUUUUUUCUAUACUGUAAUUGUUUAUUAGAAUAAAAAUUUGACAUCAUGAUUUUAAGUGAUUUAUAAUUAAGUCC